AUGUUCUAUCCAAAAUCUACAAUCAUUAUAUCAAAUAAAUUAGUUUUAAUUAUUGGAAUUGUUUUAAUGUUGAACAUUGAAAUAAAUGGAUUAGCUUUACAAAAUGAUGGAUUACUAUUGAAAGAUUUAAAGUUUACAAGACCAUGCCCUGAAAAAAACUAUCGAUUUCAUAAUGCUACUGGAAAUUUUAUGUGCGUUGUACCAACAGCUAAAAAAUGUUUUGAAUUAUGUCAACAAUUAAGUUGUAAUGAAUGGUAUUUUAUGAGUUUUGUACCAUCUGGUAGUGAAGAAAUUAAAAAAUAUCAUCGUUGUCGUUGUUUCCCUGAAUAUCAUAUGUGUUUUUAUAAUUCAGUACCAAGAAGAUAUCGUGAUUUUGAAUAAUUCUUUUUAUUAUAUAAUCAUUUUGUUUUGUGUGUGUGUGUGUGUCAAUGUUAAAAGAAUUGAAAGCAUUUAUCAGUCCAAAUGAUCAAUUAAUAAUGAAGAAGACUUGGACCGCUUUCAUUUUAACUGUGAUUUGACUACUAUAAAACUUUCAUUAUAUAGAUAAAUGUGACAAUUAAUUCUUCAUCAUUUCAUUCCAAUAAACUAUUAUUAUUAUUAUUAUUAUAA